AUGGCUGCUCUGGCAAGGUCUGUCGGAAAGUGCCUUAAAAUACGAAAGGGCAAUUUUCCGAAUUUGCAUUUCAGCUCAUAUAGGAAGAGCGACAUACACUACCAGUAUGAGGAGAUGUUAAAUAUUGGAAAUAAGAAUCCUGAACAAGUGAUAAGUUUGCUCAAUGAUGUGUGUAGAAAAAAGAGAUGCGACGUAGAAAUGGUGAAAUGUAUAACAAAUCAUAUAUAUGAUUUUAGUGAUGAUUUUUUCUGCCCUCAGUUGGUUAAAAUAUUAGAAAAUUAUGUAAAAUUAAAAUACUCAGAUGAAACUCUACUUGGAAUAGUAUGUAACAGAGUAGAAGAUUUAGUAAGUAUAAGAUCGUGCUUAAGAAUAAAAACAUUGAUUAAUGUUUGUAAGCAAUUAAAUCUUCAUCAUCCAAUUGUUAAAUUGCGUGUUUUAUUAGAACUUAAUAGUAACAUAAAUGAUUACAAAAAUGAGUUAGUAUCUAUACUGAAGAAUAUAUCCUAUUUACACGUGGAUUCAAUUACGUGUUCUAACAUUAUUAACAGGCUCAUAAUAAAUUACGAAUAUUAUGAUAAAGACAUAUUUACCAUAUUUGAAGCCUUCAGUAGACUAGAUGAACCCAAUGAAAGGUUCAUCGAUUUGGUUGACAAAAAGGUAAAACAGAUACAAAAUAAAAGUGACAAUUGUUGUAAUUUAAAAAAUUUUAUAAAAUUUCUAAGUGCAUGCAAGAGAUUAGGUCUAAAAGAAAAUACAUACUUACAUACUCAAUUUGAAAAAAAAAUAAACAACAUCAAAUUGUUAUCUCCACAAAAUAUAUCGUAUAUUCUUCUUCUGAUGUUAUCAACCAAAUUCAGACACCAAGGAUUAUUUGACUUACUGAUUAUGAACAUGGAAAAUUACGUAAACAAUAAGGGCGAAAAUCAAGUCUUCAAAAGAGAGGAAUUGUAUUUACCCCAACUCCAUCAUCAACAUCAUCAUGAAUAUCUUUACCAUGUGGGAAAAAGAGAUCGACAUAAGACUAGAGAAGAACAAUUAUUUUCAUUUCCAAUUGAAGAGAUUAAAAGGGACAAUAUGCCAAGCUUUUAUAACGCAUACAUUUUGCACUUUCUGCCGUUUCAUCUAGUGUUACUAACCUUGUUGAACUAUGAAGAAAAAAACACACUCAAACUUUUACUCAACGUUUGCAUUAUAGACUAUAUAUUUUUAUACGAUACAUCCAACUUGAUAAAGUUAUUAUAUACAUGCACACUCCUCAUGGAGGAGGGAAAGCGAUCAAAUAAAGGCACGGAAGAAAUGGAUGAAUUAGAAAAAACUGCGCAUCAAAUAUUUAGAAACCUUCAACAUGUAUAUAAAAAUGCAACAAUAAAUGAUAUGAAAAUUUUACACACCUGUUUCUUAUACCAUAAGAACAGUAUUAAUAAAAACCCACAGCUAAAAAAAUUACAUGAAGAUUUAACUCAUAAUCAUUGUUUCUCUCUCUUGCCAUCAUCGUAUGAUAAUCUAAAUUUCGAAAAUUUAAAAGUUAUCAAGUGUGCAAGCUCAUCCUAUUUAAAAAGUAAAAGUGAUAAUUCCAUUUUCUUCUAUCUUAGCAAAAAUGAUUUUUUUGCCACAGACCUGUGCAAAUAUGAAACGUUACUCCCUAGUGUCAAAUUGAGGAAGACCAUUUUGACUAACAAGUACGACAGCACUCAUGAUAUAAAAAUGCUUUAUCGUGAUGUGCCACUAUUCUACUGA